CAGAGCAAAACAGAGUAGUCUCUUCAGCCUAUUCCCUCUUCUUCUUCUUCUCUCCAUUUCUCUCUGAAUUUUUACAAUUGGUCUUAUUUGAGUGAUUUGGGUGAAGGACAAGUGAUGACGAAGAACGUGGCCGUGCCGGAGAUGACCCAAAACUCAUCUAAGCCGAUGCAAUACCCGCCUCCUCGAAGCGGGAAUGCCGGCGCUAGCUAUCCCAUUCACAAGAGAUUUCUUGCUCGUUUAGAGGUUUGUAACCAUGGUGUUACGCCAAAUGCAUGGACAGACUCUAUGAAAAUUUCGUCUCCAACGCAAGCCAUGUCUGUCUCAACACUGGUUGAUGAGGCCUACAUUGCUUGGACUGCGAGAUAUCCAUCGGCUUUGGACCGAUUCGAAGAAAUCAUCGGUGCGUCUAAAGGGAAGCAAAUAGUUAUGUUCUUGGAUUAUGAUGGCACUCUUUCACCGAUUGUUGAAGAUCCUGAUAGAGCUUUCAUGUCUGAUACGAUGCGAGAUGCAGUGAGGGAUAUCGCAAGCUACUUCCCGACGGCAAUCGUUAGCGGCAGAUGCCGUGAUAAGGUUUAUAGUUUUGUAAGAUUAGCUGAACUAUACUACGCUGGAAGCCAUGGAAUGGACAUUAAAGGCCCAGUGAAGGGACCUAAGAACACAAAAUCCAAAACUAAGGCAGUGCUCUUUCAACCAGCCAGUGAGUUCCUUCCAAUGAUCAAUGAGGUCUUCAAGACAUUAUUAGAGACAACCAAAUCAACUCCUGGUGCCAAAGUAGAGAACAACAAGUUCUGUGUCUCAGUUCAUUUCCGGUGUGUCGAAGAAAAGAAAUGGAUCUCAUUAGCUGAACAAGUUAGAUCAGUUCUUAAGGAAUAUCCCAAGUUGAGAAUUACUCAAGGAAGGAAGGUGUUAGAGAUUCGCCCAACAAUUAAAUGGGACAAAGGAAAAGCUCUUGAAUUCUUGUUAGAAUCAAUUGGAUUCGCCAAUUGUGAUCAUGUCUUACCAGUCUACAUUGGAGAUGAUCGUACUGAUGAAGAUGCAUUCAAGUUUGUGCGAAAGGUUUUGCGUGACAGAGGACAAGGUAUCGGCAUUCUUGUGUCUAAGUUUCCAAAAGAUACAAAUGCGUCUUAUUCUCUUCGAGAACCUACUGAGGUGAUGGAUUUUUUACAUCGUCUCGUGGAUUGGAAGCGUAAUUCUUAAAAGUUAAUUUGAAGGUGUAAAUUAAGAAGAGAUUCUUGUAUUGGAGCUUUUUAUUCUUAUUGUAAUUUUUUUUAUCCGAAGUGAAUGUUAUGUAAACUCUUUCGUGUUCUUCUUGAAGUGUAAUGGAAUUUGAUUCGUGAUGAAAAGAACAUAACUAUUC